CAUUCCCACUGUUAGAACAGUAUUGAAAAGUUCCCUAGUACAAUAAAAUAGAUUCUUAGCACUCCCUGAUGAAUGGUCUCGACGCACAAAAUGCUGGAGGAACUCAGCAAGUCAGGCAGCGUCAAUGGAAAGGAAUAAACAGUCAGCGCUGAAAAACAGUACAGCAAAGAUUCUCUAGCUGCUGGAAAUGCAGAGCAACGCAGACAAAAUGCUGAAGCAACUCGCGGUCAGCACUAAGUCCUCGCUUGUGCUGUCAUCCCUCCUCACCCUCCUGCUCUUUGCCGGGAUGCAGAUGUAUAGUCGGCAGCUGGCUUCUUCUGAGUGGCUGACCAUAUUGGGCGGAUUCCUGGGGUCGGUCCUCUUCAUCUUCUCCCUGACUGCCUUCAACAACUUGGAGAGUGUGGUGUUUGGCAAAGGAUUCCAGGCAAAGAUAUUCCCUGAAAUCACGCUGUGCCUGCUGUUGUCCCUGUUUGCCUCUGCGUUGAUUCACAGGGUCUGCGUCACCACCUGCUUCAUCUUUUCCAUGUUGGGUCUGUACUACCUGAAUCGGCUAUCAGCGGCCCUCUACCAGGUGGCCCCCCCACCCCCACUCGUCACCAAAACACCCAAGAAGAAGAAGAACUGAGCCUCCGUCCUGACCUGGUGCUGGGGAGUGGGGACAGGGUGGGGGAGGGAAGGGGGUGCGGGAAUACAUCGCUCCUUCCAAGACCCUGGUUGGUCCCCGCUGUUAG